AUGGGUUUCGCUACUGGCUUUACUGGCGGCGUCGCCCUGACACUGUCUAUCGCAUAUCUCUCCGUGCUCGCCCACCAGCGAAACCGCGAACAGCAGGGCCGGUCGCUGCGCUCUCAAGCCCUCGCCAUCCAGGGCCUCAUCGACCCCGUUCCUCAGCCAUUGCCGCCUACUCGGUCCGAGGUCGCCGCAGCCAAGCGAGCCGAGGCCAUUGAAGUCGCCAAGGACCGCUGGAACGAGGAGGUCGAGAACGCCGUGAAAUGGGUGCAGCACACGGACUGGGAUGAGCUUCGUGAGGGACUCGAGGACCGCAUCGCCGCACUGUGGGACAGAGCCUUUGGCGAGUCGAUACAAGACGGCGCCGCCAAGGCCAAGAGCAAGAUUCAGUCCGUGUCGAACCAGGCCAAGGCCGGAGUCCAAGGCGCGGCGGGAGGGGUCGCCUCCAAGGCCAAGGACGCUUUCCGCAGGACCAAGGAACAAGGCGAGGACUUUGAGGCCAAAGUCAAGGACAAAGCUCUCGGGGCGAAACUGGCUGCUUGGAGGGAAGCCCAGAGGGCCGAGAACGAGGCCCGUCAAAAGGCGUCCGAGACCAUGGGAGCGGUUGCCUCGGCGCUAGAAAAGGACAAGGAGAAGGCCAACGAGGUUGUAGGCAAGGUCAAGUCUGCUGUCGGCCUCUCCGGUGCCGGCGUCGACCCUGGGACUGCUGCCUUGCCCACGUCAGACCCUGUUGCGAGGGCUCUGGAUCAGAGAUUUGAAAAGGCUGGCCGUGAUAAGCGCACCGCCGCGGACGUGUUGAAGGAGAGAGACUCAGCCAGGUCAAUGGGUAUAUUGAAGCAGCUACUUGCGGCGGCUCGUGAGCCGAGUGUCUCGCCGCCGGGCAUUUUGUAA